CCUGUUGCGCUUUCGGCGGCUACCUCCCUUGGCUUUUCCGCAAAAAGCACGCACUCGCUGACACACCCCACUCCCUCCCGCAGCCGCAGACCCAUUUCUUGCUCUAGCUUGUUGGUUGGUUGGAGAACACACAAGGAAGCAGGCGACGAGGAGGAGCCUUUGCUUGCUGGGGCUGGGACGGAGCAUGGCCAGGACGACGACGAGGGUGCUGCUCUUCCUCCUGCACAUCCUCGUCAUCAUCCCCUUCCCCCUCGCAGAGGCUGCAGGUAAACAUAGUGUCCAUGAUGACUUGAAUCCUGUUCAGGUGACCAACCCGAUCACAACAGUCCCCUCUACGAACCCAACACCAACAAUUAUCACCGUGCCUUCCACGAACCCUACCAUCACAAUCCCUUCCUUGAACCCUCUGCCCACACCCAUCACAGCCCCCUCAACCAAUCCCCCUUCUUCCACCAUGCCGGUUCCAGUUCCAGUCAUAUAUCCACUGCCAACACCUUCAACCUCCUCCUCACCAACUGUGCCAGUCACCAAUCCUGCGGUCACCACACCUUCGACUUUCCCUCCAUCAGCACCAUUGACCAACCCAGCAGCAUCAAACCCGAUGGCGCCUCCUGCUCCAAUCACAGCGCCAGCUGUGUCAGGGCAGCAAGUCUGGUGCGUGGUCAAGGCUGCUGGCUCAACUGAAGCUGCACUCCAGAAUGCGCUGGACUACGCAUGCGGCAUUGGAGGAGCAGAUUGUUCAGCGAUUCAGCCAUCGGGGAGCUGCUACUAUCCAAAUACCCUCCAGGCCCAUGCGUCAUACGCUUUCAACAGUUAUUACCAGAGGAAUCCUGCACCUUCCAGCUGUGACUUUGGGGGGACGGCAAUGCUUGUCAGUGCUAAUCCAAGCUCAGGGAGCUGUGUCUUUGCAUCCUCAUCAUCGUCAUCAAGCUCUACUGUUGGAUACAAUCCUGCGCCCGCUUCUACUACUCCAUCAUCAUCAUUAUCCGGUAGCCCUGUUACUACUGCAUCUGGUUCUGAAUCGGGAUCACCAGUGCUGAAUGCGAGUGGGUCAGGCUCUUCCGAAUCGUCAGAGUUUGGGUCGGUCAUCCCAGGAGCGGCCAACACGGGCAAUGGUUGGAGGCCAAUGUCACGGUCCCGCUGGCCAUGGGCAGCUGUGGUCUGGAUGCUGGCAUUUUGUGUACACAUCGAAGGAAUGGUUUGAAAACAUGCGGGAGCAGCUCCAGAAUUUGGGGAGAGAUUGCAAUGUAGGUGAUGUAGAGAGCUAGCUAGCUAGGGAAUCAGGCCUUAGCUUGAUCAUGCUUGUAGAUGCAUGAAGUAUGUUGAUUGAUGAUUAGGGCGAUUUGUAUGGUACCCCAAUUAGUAGUGGUCGGAACUUGGAACUAAGUAGCUAGGAUUGUCCUGAUCGAUGCACUCGCUAUGACUGGUCACUCAGUAGAGUAGAUGUAGCUGCUACUAGUUGUAAUGCAAGUACUGCUUUGCCUCUCAUCGAUCUAGUUGUAGGUAAAACCGUUUUAUGGGUGAGUGAGCUGAACAAAAUGAAACUCAAACAUUGUGCGGUUCUGCUCUGCUAAUAGGUUAUCACUACACUCAAACUUGUAGUGUUGAAAUUUGGAGUUUAGUUAGUUAUCAAUUUAUGAACAGACGUCUGAAGCUGAUAAGGUGUGAGCUGCUACUCAAAUUAGAUAUUUUUAAUUCAGUUGUUAGCAUAACAUGGUCCCAGAAAAGCACUAGCAGUUUCAUGACAUCAGAUCAAAGUGUGCUGGUACAUGCAUAUUAUGUUCUUCCCUGCAGCUAGCAGUUUGUUUGAUAGGAAAACCUAAGACGCCACAAAUGUUCAGUCGAGUGCGUUUUCAGUUGAACCAUCUGAAAGUUUAGGUGAUCAGUCUUGAACGCGUCAUGUCCAACAGCAACCACAAACUACUCAGGUUAGCUGUACUACUAGCUAGUUUUUGAACAAACAAAGACCAACCCGUGCAUUGGUAGGACAUGAAAUGAAAGCAUCAUAUAAAAUUUCUUUUGAUCCAGAACAGUAGUUAGCGCAUUAUUGGUUGAAAACUCGACCAAGGGGGGAUUUGCCUCCUGGAAACUGCUCUGCAUUUUUCUUCCUCAAAAACUGCUCUGAAUUGUUUAAGCUUCGGUUGGGUUGAUAUAUGGUUGAGCCAUCAGUGAUGUCAAGGGAAGGAGUGUUGUUGUUUGAUCCAAUUGUCGUGCCUACUUUCCCACCGUCUCCAACAGCGUUGUUGUUUGUUGGCAGCUAUAAGUAGCAGCAGGCACUUCUCCAGUAUUCUGUCCCCCCACUAAUUUCCUUAAUUUAGAGCUGAGCUGCUUGUCACUUGCUUGCAUUCUACAAAAUAUAAUCCAGGUGCCUCUUUGUGCCCAUCUUACAUUUUUGCAGUGGAGAGAGUACUCGAUCGCUAACUGGUGUGUUGUGGUAGAGCUGAGGGCAGGCAGGCAGGAAGCCUGAUGGGACAGCUGAGCUCGAUCGUGCAAAGAAUUCCAAUUGAUUGAUGAUUCACAAGAUACUACUAGCUAGCUAGCUAGUAAGUAGUACAUGUUUCUACCAACUACCAAAAUCAUUCAUUCAUGGUCACGGCAUUGUGUAGAACAAGUAGUCACCUUCGUGGAUUGGCUGGAUCAGCAACUUUCAACUCUGUCUGACGAGACCGCCAUCUUGAAGCACUUCAACUGGCCAGAGAGGAAAGCUGAUGCACUGCGGGAAGCGGCAUCGGAAUACCGACAUCUCAAAUAUCUUGUAACAGAUAUCUCUUCCUUAAUGAUGAUGUCCUACAUCUUGUGAGAGCAUCUUUAACAGACUAGUCAAAUUACACUCUUUAUAUCUCCAUAUGAAAGGCUAUCUAAAAAGAUUCUUCUUCUA